AUGGAAGAAAAAUUUAAAAGGAUCUUAGAAUAUGUUAAGAUAGUUGAUUGCUGUGCUAUAGCCAGUAAUGAUAUUAAAAAUGAUAUGAAAACAUGCUCAGGUCACAUCUUGAAACUCAGCAGAAUUCCAGGUGUCUGUGAUUUGAAUAAGGUUUAUUCUGGAUUUAGAAUUGAAAUGGAGAAAGAUGAUCUCAGUCGUAUUGACCCAAAUCAGAAGCUAAUUCUUCUAACAGAGCGUGGAAUGAUGCUCAGUAAGCGAUAUUACGUCUUUAGAAUCGAACUCAUUCUACAAUUUGACUAUUUCACUUACGAUGAAUUGUUUAAGGUGUUUCUGCCUGAAAAUGCACGUGUUGGUGCAUAUGAGGUAGUUGGUGACGUAAUUCAUCUCAAUUUGAAUGAAGAACAAGCCAAAUAUAAGGAGAUCAUUGGAUUUAUUCUACACAAUAAAACAGGGAAAACAGUUGUAAAUAAAACAGGGAAAAUUGACAACGUGUACAGGAAUUAUGAACUAGAAGUGCUCCAAGGAGAUGAUAGAGAUGCCAUGGAAACAAUUGUGUUAGAGAAUGGCAUCAAAAUGGUAGUAGACCUGAAGAGUGUCUAUUGGUGCUCGAGAUUACAAGGUGAAAGGAGCAAAUUGAUUAGUGAAAUAUUGCAGGGUGGUAGCAAUCAAAUUAUUUGCGAUUGCUUUUGUGGUGUAGGCCCACAUGCGCUCCCAUUGGCUAAAGCAGGUUGUGUUGUUUACGCAAAUGACCUGAAUUCAGCAGCAAUUUCAUGUCUUAAGAAAUCAGCCAAACUCAACCAAAUUGCAUGUACUGAAAUGAAUGAGAGUGAUCUUAAUACUGUCCAUUCAAGCAGAAUAUUCAUUAGUAACCAGGAUGCUAGUCUCUAUCUCAGCCAACUGACUGAUAUUCCAAUUGAUCAUUUUAUAUUCAAUCUACCUGAAUAUUCAUUGGAGUAUGUGAAACAUUUGAGACAAUUCAGUCAUCAGUUUACAUUACACGCCUAUUUCUUUGUUAGAAAGAACGAAAAUUCAAUUGAUUUGGUGCGUAUCAAAACAGGCGUAUCAAAUCCAACUGUCACAUUUGUUAGGGACGUAUCGCCAUCAAAAAGUGUCUACAAAUUGACAGCAACAAGAAAUGACCUGGUUUGA